UCGUAGUAAGGUUUGUCCCUCUGCGGGCUCCGUUGUUGUAGUAAACAUGGCGUCCGACGGCGACAACGACGAGGACUUUGUGAAUUACGGGACUCCGUUGGAGCCUCUAGAAGAAGACGAGCCGCUGAGGAGGCCGGUGCCGCUGCACGAGCAGACGGUGAAGGAUGAGAAGGGCCGCUUCCAGAGGUUCCACGGAGCCUUCACCGGGGGCUUCUCCGCCGGCUACUUCAACACCGUGGGCUCCAAGGAAGGAUGGACGCCCUCCACCUUCGUGUCGUCCAGGCAGCAGAAGGCCGGGCAGCAGCAGGCCAGGCCGGAGGACUUCAUGGACCAAGAGGACUUUGGGGAGCACGGCAUGGCCCCCACUGAGAUCAGCACCAGCGCUGAGUAUCAGUCCAGCCGGAGAGACAAGAUCCAGGACAAGGCCAAGACCAUCCAUGCUCUCUCCGCCCCUAUCCCCGGGGACACCCUGCUGGAGGAACUCAUAGCACCCGCUAGGCUGUCCAUAGGGGUGGAGCUACUGAAGAAGAUGGGCUGGAAGGAAGGCCAGGGAGUGGGGCCUCGCGUGAAGAGGAAGGCCAGCAGGCAGAAAACCAAAAAAGACUCGGCGGUUAAAGUGUACGGCUGUGCGGCUCCCCGGGCCGGCUCCGAGGAAUCUGAGGACGAGGACGAGGAUGAGUUUGCUCCGCAGAACGUGACCUUUGCCCCCAAAGACGUCAGCCCUAUCGACUUCAACCCCAAGGUGGGCGUGCACGGCCUGGGGUACCACGGGCUGGACCCAGGCCGCGCCAUGAGGGGCGGAGCUGCAGCCGGGCACAUCAACCUGUUCAGCAUGGACUCUGACAGAGCCAGCAGCCUGAUUGGAGGAAAGAAGCCGCACCAGAAACAUAGAGGAGGAGUCGCUGGACAGGCAUUCGGUGUGGGGGCUCUCGAGGACGAAGAUGAAGAGGUGUACCACAGAGACGCCAUGUCUAACUAUGACAUGGUCCUGGGAGGGGAGGAGCCUGGGGACGGGCUGUAUGGGUGGACCGCCCCCCAGCAGUACAAGAAGAAGAAAGAGAAGAAUAGCGAUGUCUCAUACCUGGGGAAGAUUCUGGAAGGAUUCACUCUGGCCUCAAAAACUGUUGAAGUGAAAACCGUCUUCACCCCGCCCAGCCUGCCCCGGGACUACCGGCCCGUGCACCACUUCCGCCCGGUGGUGGACCUCACCAAGGUCAGCCCCAUCGUGGCCGCGGCCCUGCAGGCGUCCCGGGGCCAGAUGGUCCCGGAGCAGGCGGGGCCCAGCGGGAGACACAACAUGGACUCUGGCCAGAGGGCGGCGCUGCUGGGAGAAGAGGCCCUGCAAGGACCCACCUCAGUGCUGGACAUGCUCCGUCCAGAAGACCGGGAGAGGCUGGCCCAGCUGCGGAGCUCCUCCCAGCCGGCCCCUGGCCCCGCCCCCACCAAGGACCCCCACGGUAGCAUGGUGUCUGCCGGGGGCGCCGCCGCCCGGGCGCUGGCUCAGCAGGCCCUGGCCUCCAGGUUCCAGCCGGGGCCCUCCCCUGGGGGUCUGGGCCCCUCGCCCGCUGCCCUGGGGCCCUCGCCUUGUGGCCCUGGGAGCUUCAAGCCGUUUGAGAAGAACCCCAGCAAGCAGGCCCGCUACGAGCUGUACGUCAGCAGGAUGAGGCAGGGGGACCGAGGGGCCCUGGACGACAGCAUUGACGGCAGCAUGACGGAGUGGGAGAGGAGCAGGGAGCGGGAGGAGUUCUCCCGCUCGGCCCUGCUCUACCGUCCCAGCGGCUCCUUCCUGUCCUCCCGCUUCACCAGCGCCAAGCACGCCGACGACCUGGACAGCGUGGAGGUGCCCCGCGACCAGGAGGGUGACGAAGAUGAUAAGCAGGCCGCCGUGAAGAUGAAGAUGUUUGGGAAGCUGACCAGAGACUCCCUGGAGUGGCAUCCUGACCCACUGCUCUGUAAGAGGUUCAACCUCCCUGACCCCUACCCUGGUUCAGGGAUCGUGGGUCUACCGACGGUGAAGAGGGACCGCUUCUCCGUCUUCAACUUCCUCACCGUAGCGGAGCCCACGGCGGCCGCGCCCGCUACGCCAGCUCUCCCGGAGCCCACCAAGAGAUCCAGGUGGGACUCCACCAAUAAGAAGGAGAAGACAGAGGAGGACCCCCUGGGCGACUUCCUUUCCACGGCUCGGAGCCAGGCCUCGGCCGCCCAGGGGGGCCCGUCCAGCACAGAGCCGUCCGGCAUGGACCCUGCUCCUGCCCCGGAUCCCCCGGCAGAACCGGACACAAAGACCAAGGACGCCCCCGGCUCUGACGAAGAGGAGGAGGACGAGGAGAGGCCCUCCAUGGACCUCUUCAAAGCCGUCUUCGCCAGCUCUUCCGACGAGAAGUCAUCCUCCUCCUCCUCCUCUGAGGAAGAGGAUGAGGAGGAUAAGGAUGAAGGGGAGCAUCUGGCCGGCGCCGGCAGUCUGUUCAACAUCAUGCCGAGCGUGAAGAGUACGACGCCCUCCUCGACGGCCGCGGUGCCACCUGCGUUGGCGGUUACGGUGAAGCCUGACCCGGAUGCAGCUCCGCCCCCUCCGCAGGAAGAGGAGGAGUUUGGACCCAAGCUCCCGCCCCCUUCGGCUGCACUAUCUGCAGCAGCAGCGGGAGAGUCGUCGCGGUGCCUCCCUCCUAAGCAGGAGAAGCCGACCAGGAGCAAGGAGAAACACAAGGCCAAGAAACAACACAAGCACAAGAAGGACAAGAAGAAGAAGAAACAGAAGAAGCACAAACACAAAGGGAAGGAGAAGGAGAAGAAGAAGAAGAGCAGGAAGUCCGACAGCAGUUCAGAGGGCGAGGAGGACGAGCCUGGCCAGGUGUCCACAGAGGAGCUGCUCCAGAGGUUGAAAAGUAUCCGUUCCAAGGAAGUGUGGUGAAGGAUAAUGUCCUCUGUGAGGACAGAAAACCACGUCUGCUUAUUUUAGUGAAUCUAUCAUGUUUUGAAAAUAAAAUGUUACCCAAAGGUG